CGAGUACGGAAAAUAACCGUGUAAAUGAACUUUCCACGAUGGAAUCAUAACACAGUUAUCUUGGCUGCUGCCUCGUGUAUCAGGAUCGUUCUGCAGAUGAGGAAAAACUUCCGCCUGCCGAUGAACAACAAGACUACAAACUGACAGGAUUUGAGGAAAGUGGAGGAAAAACUGUGCUUAGGUUUAAAAGGAAGUUUGAUACGUGUGAUUCGCGUGACAGUCGGAGCUACCAAAGUUGUGUUCGCAUAUCACGACGAUGAUCCAGCCUCAGAAUCGGAUAUAAAGUAUCACACGUUCAGAGGAAGCAGGACACUAAUGCUUCUUAACAGUAUGGAUAAAAGAAACAUCAACGAAACAAGCUGGCUCUCCUUUACUGUAACUACUAACAACGUUACAAUCCCUACGAAGGAAACAACUUACUGGUGCUCUCUGAUAAAAGCUCCCGAACUGCAAUCCAAACAUCAUGUCACAAAGGUCGAACCGCUUGUACAGAAAGGCAAUGAAGGUUUUGUUCACCAUCUUAUUCUUUACGAAUGCGAAGGAAACUAUACUGAAAGUGAUUAUGAUCAGGGCAAGGACUGCAUGGACACAGCUAACAUGCCGUAUGCUAGAUGCCGAGAUGCCAGUAUCGUCGUUGCAUGGGCUGUAGGAGGAGAGGCGUUUUAUUACCCUUUGCACGCGGGAUUUCCUCUUGGCGCAGAUGAUUCACCCAAGAAUUUCCUGUUGGAAAUGCAUUAUGACAAUCCAAGCAAUACACCAGGCCGAGUUGACAGUUCAGGUAUUCGGAUUUAUUAUACUGACAAGCUUCGUAAGUACGACAGUGGAAUCAUGUCAGUUGGAGUGAGAGUAAAUAACUGGCAUAUCAUACCUCCUAAGCAGAAGGACUGGGUCAGCGUUGGAUACUGCACAGCAGAAUGCACUGAGUCCAUCUUAAACUCGACCCAUCUACAAGGGGGUGGCAUCAAUGUGUUUGCUUCUAUACUUCACACUCACUUGGCUGGUCGAGCUACAUGGACUAGACAUAUUCGAAAUGGAAAAGAACUCCCAGAAAUUGCGCGUGAUGAUCAUUACGACUUCAAUUUCCAGGACACACAAGUUCUCAGAAAAGAAAUCAACAUUCAACCAGGAGACGAAAUGAUUAACUAUUGCAAAUACAGUUCCACGGACAGGGAUCAGCUAAUUGAGGGAGGCCUUGCUUCGAGAGAGGAAAUGUGCUUGGACUUCUUGUUCUACUAUCCACGUAUACCCAAUGCCAGAUCGUGUGAGAGUACUGCUUAUGGUCCUCCAUACAAGUUCAUCAAAAAAUACUUAAAAGAUGUGAGCUUAACCUCCCCACGCCGUAAUCCCAUGACCAAAAUGUCAUUCGACUGGACGGAUGAAAUGGUGGCGGACUUCAAAGAGUACAAUGAAGACGUCCAGAGAGUAUUUCCCCGUUGUGGUAUUCGCAGAUAUUCCUCCGUUGCUGACACAAUCAAUCCUAACUAUACAGUGCCGAUACCAAAAGUUACUGAGCCUCUUCCAUCCGAGGAGUCUGACUGUACACCUAUCCCAUUUGCUGCAAGCCUGCGCACGUCACCAGGGGUUUACGCCGGGUACCUUGGGAUACUGUGUGCUGUCCUUUGUAUUUUAAACCACUGAGUGAUCGCCCCGAAGAGAUUUGCCGUGUCAUUACUUUUUGUUCCUUUUUUCGUUUGGAUUUUUUUUGUCACCUUGUUUAAUCAUGACUGACGUGAAAGCAAGUAAAUAUUAUGCAACUUUC